AUGGCUUUCAUGUCUCGCCUCCUCGCUUUGGCAUGUGUUCCCUGCCUGGUGGUUGCAGAUGUGCCGAACCUGGUAAGGCUGGCUGUACAGCCAGUGCUCAAGGACAUGGCCUGGAAGUACAACAUGAGCUUCAGUUUUGGCUAUGUGGACCACUCGGGACGUGUUGCGGCGGCGGCGGGCAAAAAUGACAGAUUCCAGAAGAAUCGCUUGAAGCCAGAGUCGCUCAUACCCUUGGGCUCCGUUACCAAGCCCUGGACAGCUGUUCUGGUCAUGCAAGCAGCAGAAGCCGGCCUUUUGAGCCUGGAUGAUCCUGCAACCAAGUGGAUCGACCCAGUGCUGUCUCGCCUCUGGAAAACAAAUAUGACAAAGUUAUGGGGUGAAGAUGUAGAACUGGUUCGGGUGCGUGACUUGUUGGGGAUGACCAGCGGCUUCUACGACUACGACGACUUUUUCUUGGAGCACUUCACGCUGGCCCUGGCCUCUGAUGAUGCUGGGCCACUGACUUACAUCAAGAGCUCAGCACGCCAGGGGUUCCUCUGCAAACCCCAGACGUGUGCCGGCUACUCUGGGGUCAACUACAUCUUGUUGGGCCUGCUCCUCGUUCAAGUUGAAGGCAUUUGGUCCUGGCAGGACCUGCACCAGCUGAGUGUGAUUCCUAAGAAGUUGUUCGACACGGGACGCUACUCUCACACGAGCUUCCUGAACCUUGGAAGGUGCAGUCAAUACCCAGGCGUUGCUCACCAGUAUUCGUGGCAAUACUGGAAGAAUGCCAGCCAUCUGCAAACCUUUCAAGAUCUCUUCAUGAACUCCUGCCUCAAUGGCUGGACCAUGGGCAACAUCGCCAGCUCAGCCCAAGACCUCGCCACCUUCUUCUUCGACUUGUUCACAGUGCCGCUGGAAGAUGGUGGCUUCCUGAGCAACUCCUCUCUACAGGCAAUGCAGAAGAUGAAGCGCCUCAGCGACGACUGGUGCCAGGGGCCGACUGGAUAUGGCUCCUGCUCCUACGGCAUGGGCCUCCUUACAGAUCAAGUUGGUCAGGACGUUUGGUCCUUGCAGGACCCGACUGCAGACCCCCAGGCCGUCAAGAUCAUUGGUCACCCGGGCGAAGACUGGGGCAGUGGCUGCUCCCCUUGUGGCUACAACCCAACAUAUGGCUUCGGCGUCUGCAUAGCCUACACCAGUGUGAUUGGCAUGAACUGCACUGGGGAUUUCCGCGAGAAUUUCAACGCUGUUCAGGAAGCCACAUGCCGUGUCUACGAUGCUGUCCUCGCCACGGUUGGUGGUCCGAGGCUCAACUGCACAAAUCCGGCCUUCUCAGGGCCCCCAGAGUUGAAAACGUGCACAUGGCAGAGAAAUCCAGAUCCCUUCCCGCGACCCCCAAAACCUCCGUUUCCGCCAUUUCCUCCGCAGCCUCCGCAAACCUUGGUUGUGUGA